AUGAACCAACAUCGCGUCGAUGACUUUGAGUGCUGCUGCCUCGCGUCGGCACAUGGUCGCGUGUCAAGAUCCACACUUCCCCAGAGCGCCAAGACUGCCGAGGCUGCCAAGAGAGCGAACACCAUGGGCUUCUUGUCCCCUGCUCCAUACCAUAUCCUGAGCUAUGGCAUCCUUUUGGGCACAACCUUCUUCCAUAGCUUUAUAGGAGGCAUCAUCGCUUUCCGGGUCCUUCCCCGUCCGCAGUUUUCCGCUCUCAUGGCUAAAGUUUUCCCGGUCUACUUUGCCAUGCAGACGACCCUGCCGCUUAUCAUGGUGCUGACCUAUCCGGCGCCCGCAUCUUUCCCUACCCUGAGCGGAGUGACAGGCGUGCUGGACCCGACCAACCGAUGGAGCGUGGCCACACCGCUUUCAGGUGCUUUCUUGACUGCGCUGGCUAACUUGGUCGUUGUCGGACCAGCGACAACAAGGGUCAUGAGGGAGAGGAAGGAGCAAGAAAAGAAAGACGGCAAGAAGUCGUAUGAUCCGGGACCGCACUCACCGGCGAUGCAGGCUCUCAAUAAGCAGUUUUCUAUGCUUCAUGGGAUAUCCUCGCUGUUGAACCUGGGCACAUUUUUGUCAGCUGUUGCGUAUGGAUAUACCCUUUCGUUGCGGCUGUCGUGA